AUGACCAUCGACGAUAUUCGUAAGCGAUACGAGGCUAGUGGUCAAGGCCACCUCCUAAAGUUUUGGGAAACGCUCUCUGAAGACGAUCAGGCCAAACUUUUGGCCCAGCUAGAUGCUCUUGACAUAGAACGUGUUAAUCGCAUCUACUCAAAGGCAAUCUCCUCCGAAACCGCAGAAGUCGAUCCUGCCGAUUCUAUAGAGCCUCUUCCAACAGGGGCUUCAGAGUCAGUUUCUGAUUUGAAGAAGAAUGCUGAAUGGCGUCAGACUGGAUUAGAGGCUAUUGCGCGAGGCGAGGUGGGGGUGCUUUUGAUGGCAGGCGGACAGGGAACGAGGCUUGGUAGUAGUGCUCCGAAGGGUUGCUACGACAUUGGACUCCCCUCCCACAAGUCGCUGUUCCAAUACCAGGCUGAGCGGAUUGCGCGCUUGCAGACACUGGCAGAGUUGGAAGCUAAGAGGCCCGUCGGCUCUGUAGUCAUUCCCUGGUAUAUCAUGACCAGUGGUCCAACACGUCGCGAGACAGAGGAUUAUUUCAAGAAAAAUUCUUACUUCGGCCUUGAUCCUAACAAUGUGAUACUUUUUGAACAAGGAACUCUGCCUUGCCUGACUAUGGACGGGAAGGUGAUACUCGAGACUCCUUCUCGGGUCGCCGUAGCACCGGAUGGAAAUGGCGGGCUUUAUGCCGCCACUCGGUCGCCGUUUUCGUCUGAGGACCCUACUCAAACGGUCCUGUCCGAUCUGGCCAAACGAAAGGUCCUUUACGUUCAUGCGUACUGCGUGGACAAUUGCCUCGUACGAGUCGCAGAUCCCGUCUUCCUUGGUUACAGCAUUCAGAAACAAGCUGACUGUGCUGCAAAAGUAGUUCCAAAAACUCACCCUGCGGAGUCCGUCGGCGUCGUCGCUCGUCGCGGGACCAAAUACAGUGUCGUGGAAUACUCUGAGAUUUCGAGAGAGCAGGCAGAGCGACGUGAUUCUUCUGGUGAAUUGACCUUCCGGGCCGCCAACAUUGCAAAUCACUUUUACACCACCGCCUAUCUGAACGAAGUAGAGACAUUCGAAGACGAACUCGCUUUUCAUAUUGCACGCAAGAAGAUUCCCUAUGUCGACCUAGAGAGUGGCGAGUCAGUGAAACCAACAAAACCAAACGGAAUGAAGUUGGAAAGAUUUGUUUUCGAUGUCUUCCCAUUCACGAAGCGGUUUGCCGUGUUGGAGGUUGAAAGGAGCGAGGAAUUCAGUCCUUUAAAGAACGCCUCAGGGACAGGAUCAGAUGAUCCCGAGACAAGUCGUCGGGACCUCCUUGCACAACAAAAAAGAUUCUUGGAGGCAGCUGGGGCAAAGGUGGAAGAAGGCGUUGAGAUUGAAAUCUCGCCUCUCGUGAGCUAUGCAGGCGAAGGGUUGGAAAGCGUGAAAGGAAAGACUUUUACAAGGUCAGGAACGGUAUCGCAGGUGGAAGAAUUGGACGCUUUAGCAUGAACAGAGUACACAUACGCGGGAAGGCAAAUAUGCCAUGGAACAUCUUAAUCGAUACCCAUAGACAUUUUCGAACGGACUUUGGCAUCUCACGUUGUGUUGGUUUUGUAGGGACCUUGAAGGUUUUUUUUGUGAUGCAAAUUUUGAUAUCCGUGCUGAG